AUGGAGAAUAAUGGACAUUUUUAUCAGUACAGAGAGAGACUUGACCGAACAUUGGCUUCUCCUGCUUUGACAGAUCUUGCUAAACUUAAAAUCAUUAUAAGCAAACAGCUUGAAGGAUCUGACGAGAAAGUGAUAGAGAAAAGGGCUAUUGAGGCGUCCAAUUUUCUGGAUAUGCUUAGGGGUGCUGGUGUAAGUGAAAAUGGGGAUUCACAAAGAACCAAAGCAACUGUUGGGGAAUGGAAUUUGAAAGAAAGUAAUGAAGAGUUUCGUGUCAUGUAUCGUGAAGGGCCCCAGGGUACACCUAUGCAUACACUGUUUGUUGAAGGUUUCGUUGAUGGACCUACCGAUACAUGUUUAUGUCUGGGUUGGGAGUCAACUCUGUACCACAAAUGGUGGCCGCAACUUAGUUUCCCCAAUUUCAAGAUUGCUAUUUCCAAAAGCUUACAGAAAGUUCGAUUUGGAGAGCAGAUUUCUCUACUGAGGAUGAAAAUUGCAUGGCCACUAUCAGCAAGAGAGUCUGUUCUACAUUAUUUUAUGUUUGAGUAUCUCGAAGAGGGCCUGAUAGUUGUUCUUCUGAACUCGAUUGCAGACUCAGAUUCCAUUGAUGUAACAACUCAUGGUUAUACUAGAGAUGGAAUACCCGAACCAGAGGAUGUAGUAAGAAUGGACUUAGUAGGAGGAUUCGCAGUGCAAAGAGUGAACUCCAAUAGAAGUUAUGUGUGCCUAAUAGGAAAUAUUGAUUUCAAGCUGGACUUUAUGCCUCCAUCCCUUAUAAACUUUGUGGCAAGGCAGCUGAUUGGUGGUGGCUACAAACUUUAUCAGAAGGCCGUAAUUUCUACGUCAAAGCACGAUAAAGAUUAUGUCAAUGCAUUGAAGGAUCCUUUGUAUUCUCGAUUGCGUGAUAUAUUCCGUGAACAUAGUGAAGAACCAUAUGAUAUUGUGAUAGGGAGAGAAGAACUCAACAAUAAUCAAUCAAUAGUUGAGGCAACCAAAGUUGCAGCCAAAAGCUUGAUAGGUGUUGAGAAGAAUGGUGAGGGGAACCCCAUGACUGAAUCCUUUGCAGAUGCUUUGGACGAUCUGGACGAAAAAAAUUCAGGAUAUUUUGAUGUGGAAAAGAUACUAGUGUCGACUAAUGGAAAAACUACUAACAUGUCACUGGAAGCCUGUGAAAUAGAGCAUGAGGCUGUAAAUAGAGCCUUUAGCAAGAUAGGAAAAGCUAAUUUUGAAGACGAAGAUUGUACGAGAAAAAAGAAUGAAGAUACUUCUGAACCAAGAUAUCUUGUCCAGUAUGCAAUUGUCCUAGUCUGUCCUGACCUAAAUCAAGCAAUAGGGUCACUAGAGAAAGGUAUUUCCAUGGUUAAGAGGUAUGGAGCCAGUGUGAUAACUAGGUCAUUAUCACGUUUGGAUAACCGAAGUCGUUCAUCAAAUGAGGAUGUGAUAGGUGAAGUAUCCCCAUCGGUGGAGAAGACUUCGAAGUUGGCAACUUUUACCCGAAAGCACAGUACCCCCCUAAAAGAUGGAAUAGGUCCUUCACAUGGUGAGGUCAACAUCGUUGAAGUAUCCGACAAGUUGACGGAGAAGGCUCUCGAUGGGCCCAAGACCUUUGGCAGCUACAUAAAUAGGUAA